AUGGUCACCCUAACCCCCGACACAAUCGACGACCUAAUCUACUCCGCCCGCGCCGGCGAACUCCAAGAUCUCCAAACCGACCUCACCACCCUCGCAACCCAAACCUCCACGACCCCGGCGCACAUCAUCGCCGCAGCAAUCGACACCGCUCCGCAAGAAGAGGGUGGAAGUGGCUCGAGUCUGUUGCAUUAUCCUGCUGCGAAUGGCAACCUGGAAAUCCUCACCUACCUCCUCACCACCCUCACGACCCUCCCCAGCCGCGAUGAGAUCAACAAGAUUCUCAACCACAGAAACUACUCCGGAAACACGCCCUUGCACUGGGCGGCGCUGAACACGCACCUCGAGUGCGUGAAGGCGCUUGUUGAGGCCGGCGCGGAUGUCGGGGUGAAGAAUGAUGCGGGGCUGGAUGCGGUGUUUUUGGCGGAGCGGGCGGAUUGGAAGACUCAGGAGGAAGGAGCGGAUGAUAAUGGGGAUGAGGAGGUGGAGGUGGAGAUUGGUGGUGAGGGUGAGCAGAAACAGGAUGCUGGGGAGAUGACGAGGGGGAGACAGGUUGUGGAGUGGUUGUUGAGUUCGGAGAAGGCGGCGGAGUCGUUGGAGACUGCGGCUAGUAAGGAUGAGAAGAAGGAUGGAGAGGGGGAGAAGAUGGAUACGACGAAUUAA